AGUUACGAAAAAAAAUAAAUAAACGACAAAUGUGAAUAACUUUAAAAUUAUGAGUCUCCAAAUUAACAGUUUAUUGUGCAUUGAAAACGAGUUAUCAGAUAAAUUGACGUUCUGUGUGUGUCCGUCUGUCCAUAGUUGUGGUGGAAAAUGCGUACAAGAAUCGUGUACUGAGUAUGAGUAACACGCACCUGCGAACAGCAUUCAAUUCAAAAGAGGACUACGGCAUCACACUUGACAUCCUUCGGAAGGAGUUCGACGAGCGUUGGCAUAACCAGGAGCCGUCACCCUACACCAAUCUCGAGGGCUACUCACAGCGAGCGAUCCUUGGCAAUGGCAGCUUUGGCACUGUCUUGCUUGUUAAGGAGAAGAAGAGCAAAAAUUAUUAUGCGGCCAAGAUGAUGAACAAGGACGAUUUGGUGCGUCUCAAACAGGUCGGACACGUUCACAAUGAGAAGAUGGUGCUGAGUUCUGUGCGAUUUCCAUUUCUGGUCCAUUUAAUCGAUUCCUCCAAGGACUUUGACUAUCUGUACCUGGUCUUGCCGUUUAUUAAUGGCGGCGAACUCUUCACCUAUCAUCGCAAAGUGCACAAGUUCAAUGAGAAACAGUCCCGUUUCUACGGCGUUCAAGUGCUGCUUGCUCUCGAGUAUCUGCAUCACAUGGAUCUCAUGUAUCGCGAUCUCAAGCCCGAGAAUAUAUUGAUGGAUGCUCGGGGCUAUAUCAAGCUGACCGAUUUUGGGUUUACAAAGCGUGUUGAGGGUCGAACGUCGACACUUUGUGGCACUCCCGAGUAUUUGGCACCCGAGAUCAUUCAGCUGAAACCCUAUAGUAGAUCUGUUGAUUGGUGGGCAUUUGGUAUACUCCUCUAUGAGUUUGUCGCUGGCCAUUCGCCGUUCUCGUUACACAGUCGUGACGUCAUCGUGAUGUAUUCGAAAAUCUGUCUGGCCGAUUAUCGAGUACCAUCAUCGUUUACGUGCAAUCUGAAGCAUCUGGUUGACUCUCUGUUACAGGUGGACUCCUCAAAGCGUUUAGGUAACUCACCGGAGGGCUCCGCAGAUAUAAAGAGUCAUCCCUGGUUUCAGGGCGUCGAUUGGUAUGCGAUGCUCAAUCAGGAAAUAUCGCCACCCUAUACACCGACAGUAUCCAAUAUUGAAGAUCUAUCAAAUUUUGACAAUUUUGAGCCUAAAUCUAAAUCGAAGUCCAAAAUAAAUCGCCAUCCCGAUUUGUUUACUAAUUUUUAAA